GGCAUGACAGGUGCUGUUAUGAUGUUAGCAUUUGUGGUGGAUGUAGUAGUAUGGUACUUGGCAAAAUCUGUCUCUUUUAAUGACGAAGAUGAGAAUCUAGAGGAGGAAACGCCAAUGAACCCAAAAUCUGUUUCCCCCUCUUCGUCCACACCCAUAGCAGUUGAUCAAACGCCAACAACGUCCACGCCUCAAGAAAGUAUUCCCAUGCUCUCUCCUAGCGAAGGAGAUCCUUCAAUCAGUCAAGAAAGCCAAUCGAGUGUGUGAAAAUAGAAAUGUUAGAUAUAUGGUUUGUAUUUGUCAUGUAAAUAUUCCUACCACCAUUGUAUAUCUACACUUUUUGUAUUGUUAAUCUGGGUCUGAAAAUUCAUUUAAUCACUCAUUCCAUGCCAAUACUGUGCCACAGAUAUCUGGGGUUGUACUUUGGGUUUAUAACCAAGCAGGAGUAAAUUUUGAGUAUUUUAGCAGUCAUUGUAAUUCAUGUAUCUAGUUGACUGCUUUGAUAGUAGACUAGUCUUCAGUUUUAUAACAUUACUUGUGUAUUGGCUGUAUCCAAAGCCCAGUGUUUGGUCAGGCUUGAGCAGCUUUUUGUUCCAUGUAUAGUACAUUAAUAAUUGACGAGUAGAGGGACUUGUCAUGAUCUCACACGAUCAGCAAGCUGACACACAUUUGCCUUAAAUUCUGUUGGACAGUGUAACAAUAGAACACAGUCUAUUAGACAUAAUGGAUAAAGAUUAUGUAUAAAUUUUAAGUGCAAAUUUGGUUGGGAAAUUUGUGCAUUAUUAAUUAAAAUGUUUAAGGCUAUUUUAUACCCGCUCUACAGCCACUGAGAAUUUGGAGGAGUUAAUGAAUCUACAGUUGAUUAUACUACUUUAACUGUACUUACUAUUUAAAAACUGUUCGUGUGACCAGUGCUUUCAUAAAUAAUUAAAGAUGUCUUGACAAAAUGUGACUUAUUCCAAUGCUAAUAGCGUGCAUUGCUUGUUUGUGAUAUUUGUUCAUCUUUUUACUUUGGUGCGUUUUAAGCAAAUGUAUUAUUUUUGUAAAUCUAUUUUUUUGUAGACAAUUUAGCAUUUGCAGUUAUAAUGAUCACUUCAUUUCCCCAAGAUACAUUAGUUUCAAUAGUAGGUUAACUGUAUAUUUCUUACAAGAAAAAGCCCAUAAUUAUGCAUAGCAUUUAUGUUACUGGAGGACAAUUCCUAAGUCUACUAAUGCCUUAGAAUAUUUUGAAUAUCUUAAUAUCAAUUAUUUACUCUGCAGUACAACCUCGCAACAACUGAAACCUAUCGACCAACUUCAAGUACUGUAGUUUCAAGUAAUUGUAAAUAUACUGAAUUUGUACAUGUUGUAUAAAAACCUACAAUAUUUAAUAUUGCUCAAGAAAUGAAGUAGAUUAUAAGGAAUGCAGUACAGUAUAAGAAUUGCUAGUCUUUGGGGUGGGUGGGAGGGAGGGGGGGGGGGCAUUCUUCUGUUCCUAUUCCAUCUUUCUAACCUCCUUGUCAAUAUGUUUCACAGUAGCAUAUAUAUAAGAAAUUAUUAUAAUAAUCAAAAACCUCUAAUAUAUAAAAAAGUUAAUAAAAUGAAUGCAUUAUGCUAACAGUUCCUUUUAUUUUUGUAUAAAGUUGAAAGGGUUCAGCAGUCCAUACUAUUCAUAAAAGGAAAUAAUUACUGUACUAUUAUAUUUAACCCUUUGACUGUCACAGGCCCCUUUCUCAAACUCGGUCUAUGUCGCAAAAUCGAAAAAAAAAUUUCUUGCCAAAAUGUUAGGGUUUUACAGGGUGUUUUAAGCCUAAAAAAAUUUUUUUGCCACGAGUACUUACCGAGAUAUAAAGUUGGCAGAAAAUGAGCGGCGUAUGGCAACAGCGGCAAAUGCUGUCCACCCGAUAUUCUUUUAUUUACUCCAAUUCGAAGGUUUCUUGUAUUUUCCAAUAUUUUUCUUUUCUAAGUAACUUAUGUGGCCUGUGAGACCAAAGUAAGGUGCAUUGUUCACAACACAAUAACUGAACAAACAUUAUCACUAUUAGAUUGUGUAUAAAACUUUACACAAACAAACAAUACAAAAGAUUGUUUAUUACUAUUGUUCCAUAAUAUAUAUACAUAUGUACAGUCAUUGAACACUUUCCUAGAACUGCUGCAGCUUGUGGAACUCUGAAACAUAGGUAUAUGCAGAGUGGUACUUGACACUCCUCAUACAUAAAACGAGUGUCUCUGUGUGCGUUUUGUGGUAUGUCCACAUAUCACUUUUCUUGAAAGCAGGAGGAGGCAGUGAUCACCAGGCCUCAAAUGAGAUGGCAUGUGUUGGUAAUUUUGUGGGCAUUGGUCUAUUGCAGGUGACGGUACUUGACGAUUAUGUAUCUGAUGACUGAUAAACAAAAUUCACCAUAUUUUGGUUUGUUGUUGGUCCUCAACUUGUAUAUGUUAUAAUCAUUUAGCAUGAAAAUAUUAUGAUGGAAAAAAGUUUUAUAUACCACUUAUAACUCUUGCGUACACAAUCAGCAAACCCAAUCUGCAUGUCACAUUUGUCCACUAAGCACAUAUUGAGGUUGUAGUCCAUGACAGCUGUAGGUUUUAGAAUGGGUUCAUUGGUCUCUAUUAUGCCUGCCAGUGUGUGUGCCAUUUCGUUUCUUUAUUUUGAAACGUUUUGCCUACACAGUAGGCUUCUUCAGUCGAGUACAGAAAAGUUGAUAG